AAUAAGACAAAUCGUUGACUUGAACAACAUGAGGUGGAUGAUUUUAUAUGCACUGCUGCUGAUGGGUGUCAUGGAAUGUCAUGCAGGAGAAGAUCUGGGAAACAAGGUCUUCCUCUUCCCAAAACAAUCUUCCACCGCACACGUGAUCCUAAAACCUGAAGCCAAAACAUCACUUGGCAAGCUUACUGUCUGCCUGAGAUCCUACACGGAGCUUACUCGCAACUACAGCCUUUUUUCUCUGGCCAUGUCUGGAGAAAACCAACAUAAUGCAUUCCUCAUCUUAGUCAGACCACCCAAUGUAUGUUCUGUCUAUGUAGAUCAGAUACACAACAGCAUAAAGACCGAUCCAGAAGCUCUAGAUUGGAAACACACUUGUGUGACUUGGGACUCAGAUACUGGAAUAAUUCAACUAUGGAUCAAUGGAAAACUUUACCCUCGAAGGGUCUCCAAAAAAGGAUUUGCUAUUAAACCAGAAAUUAGUAUUAUUCUUGGGCAGGAACAAGACUCAUUUGGGGGCGGGUUUGAUUUGAAUCAAUGCUUUGUGGGAGAAAUAGGUGAUGUCCAUAUGUGGGAUUAUGUUCUUACGCCGAACGAUAUCCAAAAAGUGGUAACCAAUGAUCAGACAGGAAACGUGAUCAACUGGAGAUCUUUACAUUUUGAAAUUAAGGGAAGUGUUUUAAUCCAACCAAAACUUCAAUGUAAAUAUCCAGGGUAUGCAUCAUCCCUAUAUUCUCAAUGUUAAACUGAUCAGAUGUCUAAAUAGCAGUUCGGUACUAAUGGGAUAUCCAAGCUGUGGAUUCGUCUUUUUUUUUUAUUUUAAUUUUUAUUUCACCCCUUCCUGACCCAUGAUGUACAUGUACGUCAUGGGAUGGGCUCGGGAGUCAGGUCCGUGCCAUAACCAGCAAACGAUGCUGCCAUUAUCAGUAUAUAUCUGCCAGUAAUGACAUACAUCGGAGAUUGCUCUGUCUGUCAUGUUUAAACAUUAAAGGCCGGUCAUUCCUAAUGUGUAGUAGCCCCAUAGCCCCUUUGAUGUGAUCGGGGGGUGCUGAUGGUUUGCUGGGAAAGCCUGGGGCCUAACAUUGCCGAUUGUUAAAGCCAGGCUUUAGCAGGCUUUAGCAAUAGAG